AUGGCGAAAUCCAAGGUCGCACCCGUCAAGCAGGUUUCGUUGCCGCGACUUGAGUUGUGCGCUGCUAGCCUACUCACCACGCUCACGCUGCAUGUCCGCGACAUUCUCGGCUUGGCAACUACUCCAGUAUAUCUGUGGUCCGAUUCCCAGGUCACGCUUCAUUGGAUCCAGGGACACGCCACUCGCUGGAAAACUUUCGUCGCCAACCGGGUAGCUCAUAUCCAGACACAGCUCCCGGACGCUCGAUGGAGACACGUAGCCGGGAAGAAUAAUCCUGCAGACUGCGCAUCGAGAGGAAUUACUCCUGGAGAAUUAAUCAACCACGCAUUAUGGUGGACUGGACCUACCUGGUUGGCACUGGACGAGACAGCAUGGCCCAGCUCAGAGGUCCACAUCGCAGAGGAUGACCUUCCUGAACAGCGCACCACCAGCCUGAUGACCAAGGGCUCCGUCGUCGUCGAACCGGACAUCCUUCUUCGGUUCUCUGCGCUUCAUCGGCUGCUACGCGUUACGGCUUGGUGUCGUCGAUGGCUCAACGUGGCGAGCCGGGAGGUCACACCUGGUUGUCCACUACACCCCGACGAGCUGGACGCCGCCCUACUCCAGUGGCUUCGAGUAGUACAGGCGCUCCACUUCCCGGACGAGAUAGCUGCUGCCACCGCAGGACGCUCCGGCCCACCACGCAGUUCACUGAUCAAGCUGAAUCCGUUCAUCGACGACCAAGGUGUACUGCGCGUUGGAGGACGUCUCAAACACGCACUGCUGCCCUACGACGAGAAGCACCCGGUGAUCAUACCGCCGGCCUCCUGGAUGACGCGACUGCUGAUCGAGUCCUGCCAUCGUCGCUCUCUGCACGGCGGCGUCCAGAUGACACUCGGUCUGCUUCGCCUUCGGUUCUGGGUACCACGCGGAAGGACCGUCGUCAAGCAGCAACUGCAUCGGUGCGUCACUUGCACUCGCUGGCGCGCUGCCACGCCACAGCCUCCAAUGGGCCACCUUCCUCGGGACCGAGUGACGCCAACUCGACCUUUCUUGAGCACUGGACUGGACUACGCGGGACCAAUUUCCAUCCGGACCAGCAAAGGACGCGGACACCGCUCACAGAAAGGAUACAUCGCGGUCUUCGUCUGCUUUUGGUCGAAGGCCAUCCACCUCGAGGUCGUCUCGGAUUACAGCUCCGAGGCCUUCAUCGCCGCCUUACGCCGCUUCGUCUCUCGCAGAGGACUGUGUACGGACGUCUACAGCGACUGCGGCACAACAUUCGUUGGCGCCGAUCGCACCCUGCGGGAGCUCUUCAAGGCGUCGACCUCCGAGGGCCUUCACAUCGCCCGCGCCGCCAACACUCAAGGGAUCCGCUGGCAUUUUAAUCCGCCAGCGGCCCCUCACUUCGGUGGUCUUUGGGAGGCUGCCGUGAAAUCCACUAAAUUUCACCUCCGCCGAGUAAUCGGCGACACCACGCUCACUUUUGAGGAGCUUAACACACUCCUCACACAAAUCGAGGCGUGUCUUAAUUCUCGUCCGUUGCAGGCUCUGUCAGACGAUCCAGACGACACUUCAGCACUCACUCCAGGGCACUUCAUCAUCGGCGCGCCUCUAUUAGCUAUACCUGAGCCGUCACGGAUCGGACAAUCAUCAUCCACGCUGUCACGCUGGCAUCACCUGCAGCUGAUGCGAGACCAUUUUUGGCAGCGGUGGUCGGCUGAGUACGUGCACGGGCUCAACCCCGCACCAAAUGGGUCAAGGCCGAGGCCGCACCUCACGUCGGGGACCUUUGCAUCAUCCGCUCGGAGCUCACCCCUCCGACUCGAUGGCCUCUUGCAAGGAUCACGAGACUGCAUCCCGGGGACGACGGUGUCGUCCGCGUGGUCUCAGUACGCACCGCCACAUCCGAAUUC